AUGCCUACAAGUCGCUUUGAACCGUCAUCCAUAAAAAACAAAAUUAAGCGAGAGGAGGUGCUUCAAAAAUCAAAAAAAGCUAAGAACCAAGCAAAGCUACAGAAAAGAUUGGCGCAAGCAAAACUUGAAGCAAGUGAUCCUGCUCUAAAAAAGAAACGACUCGCUGAGAACAUCCCUGUCACUCUAGAUAAUGCUCGUGAAUUUGAUCCGUCAAUCCUGACUGCUGAGCCAUCGUCGUCGAAUGCGAAUGGCGGAUCUUCACAGUUAGAACAAUUAGAAGCCGACCUCGACAAUGAUCCUUUUGCAUCAUACUUCACGUCAACAGAUGACCCACUCAUCCCACCCAAAAUACUGAUUACUACCUCACCGAAGGCUUCCAAGGCAACUUAUGAGUUCUGCGACGAAUUAGUGGGUGUUUUCCCUGGAGCCGAAUUCAUACGGAGAAAGAAAGGGAAGGGUUUUGAAGUGGGAAGAAUAGCAGGAUGGGCAGCUGAUCGUGGAUACAAGCAUUUAUGCGUCGUUAACGAAGAUAUGAGGAAACCAAAUGCCAUAACGCUUGUGCAUCUUCCAAACGGCCCAUCUGCUUACUUUAAACUCACUUCCGUUGAACUUACCAAGCAAAUCUUCGGUCAUGCCCGUGCAACGCCUCAUCAUCCUGAGUUGGUUCUGAACGGCUUCGUAACUCGCCUUGGGCAUGCUAUUGGUCGUAUGUUCCAGACUACAUUCCCACAGCUUCCCGAGUUCCAAGGACGUCAAGUCGUCACUUUGCACAAUCAACGCGAUUUUAUGUUCUUCAGACGACAUCGAUAUGCGUUCAGAUCAACCGAAAAAGUGGCAUUGCAAGAAAUUGGCCCUCGAUUUACUCUUAAAUUGCGAUGGUUAAAGAAAGGUAUUCCUGCAGUCCGCAAUCUCGGAGAGGCACCAGAGCCGCUUGCGUUUGAUGUCGAGACAGCCUCAACGGCGGAUGGACAACCAACAGAGCUAGAGUCAGAAAAACCUAAGAAAACUAUCCCGCCGAAACAGGAUGAAGUGCUUUGGGAAUGGAAGCCGGAGUUGGAGACAACGAGAAGAACAUUUUUCCUCUAG